GCCUUUCUGCGAUUGGAUAAAAGGCCACGGGGAUGGAAGGGGGCUCUGUUUGCAGUUUUUGGCGAGAGGGAAGUGGGCGUUUAGGUUGCUUCGGGCCCGGCUGCGGGUAGGGAGUUGCUCUCUUUCCCAUCUUCUUUCUCCCACAGGAUGUCUGGCACAGUGCUUGGCGUUGGGCCAGGAGUAUUCAUUUUAGCACUGCUUUGGGUACUGACCUUGCUGCUUUGCGUGGUGUUAUCCAGAGCUUCUGGACUCACUAGGUUUUCUGUCAUUUUGGUUUUCUUUGCUGCUGUCAUAAUUACAUUGGCUCUGUUGCUUUUUCCUCGUGCCAGUGAGCUGCCAACCCCAAGUACAGAAAUUAAGAUUGUAGACACGUUCUUCCUUGGCCGUUUUGUCCUACUCGCCAUCCUGAUUUUGGUUUUCCUUGGAUGUCUGUUCUUACUUUUGAUCCACCACGUUUUGCAACCUGUCUAUGCCAAACCCAUGAGGGCCAUUUCAUGAGACGAUAAACAGUCCCCCAAAUCACUUUGCAAAGCUCUGGCCUUGAAAACAGACUCUUCUUUGUAACGAACGGGACAAGAGUACCUGUGGUUCAAUAAAAUUUGCUACUAUUUAUAAAAUC